AUGGUCUUGAUUCAGCUCAAUAACCAAAUCUUACAGAGGAUUAAUAACUAUCAAGCGCUUGAUAAAGUUAUAUUAUCAAUCAACAACGUUGAAAUCACACUUACUAAAUCGUUUGCUGUUGCAAUUUCUCAAACUUUUUACUCGCAAUAUCUAUUAGACAAUAAUAUUGCUAAAAUUGAUAUUCAUACAGAUGUAAAGUCACAAGAAACGUAUAAUGUAUUAAAGGACAUUCUUCAAUACAAUAAAACGGAUAUUGAAUGUGAUGAAACAAUUUUAAAUGACCUUUUCCAUAUCGGCAUUAUUCUUGAAAUGCAAGAACUCACUUAUUUAUAUAAAAUGCAUGUUAUUGACAAAAUGAAAAUUGAUAAUAAUAAUUGCAUUGAUUUACUUGAAUUUUAUUUCGAUAUUUCUUCUCAAGAAAAUAUUAUUGAAUGCAUUAAAUAUAUAUCAUCAAAUUUCUAUGCGAUUGAUUCAAAUAAACUCAAAUUAAUUUCGAACAAACUCGGAAUUGACAUUUUGCAGCAAAUAUUUAGCAGUGAUGAACUAUUACUUGAAGAUGAAGAUUCAUUAGCUAACUUUAUUAUUUCUUUAACAAAAGAAAACGAAAAAUUCUAUCCAUUGAUAGAAAACAUUCAUUUUGAAUUCUGUAAUGAACAAGUUAUCAAAUCAAUGAAAGAUAUAGUAGAUCUGAAUAACUAUCACUGUGUUGUUAACUCACUUUCUGAUUCAUUACUAAGAUCCAGAAAUCCUAAAUCUAAAGAUAGAAUCUUGCAAUGUGAAAAUAAAACAAAUUAUUUCAAAAGCGGAAAUGUUGAAAUGUCUGCUUCAUCUAUAGGUAGUGGACACUCCAUUGAUGUGAUUAAUAAAUAUAGAACUGAUACAUAUUUUAAGACUGAGAAUAUUCCUAAUUCAUGGGUUCAGUGGAAGUUAAAACAAAACAUUGCAAUUCAACCGACUGAAUAUAUUGUUAGGACAUUCCAUAGUGGAAUAUCUUCAUAUCAACUUCAAACGUGGAAAGUUGAAGGAACAACUAUUAACGGAGAAACAAAAAUAAUUCAUGAAGUUAAUAAAUCUCCAUUAAAUGCAGGAGAAAUUCGAAAAUAUUCUCUAAAUACAAAUGAUAAAUUUAUAUCAUUCAAAUUGAUUCAAACAGGCAAAAUUGCAUAUAGCAGUCCUAAUGAUUCUUUGCGUCUAGAUGUUUUUGAUUUUUCUGGAAAGAUAUUUAGUAAAUAA